AUGCCAAUGAACUCACCGUUCGGCUCGCUGGACGGCGCUACACACCUUACCCUGUUUGCCAUCACGCAGACAGACAAAUUGGCAGAAGCAAUCGAAAGAUACGAACUGCUCAAAGCCCCCCUGCCAGAGCGAUUCAUUGCAGGUAUCGAUUCAUUGUCCUCCCAUCUGCAGACCUUUCGACCUGAUGAUGACAUCCCCCUUUUCCUUGAUUCCGGCUUGGGCGCCCAGGAAAUAAUUCACAACAACCUCGAAGUUGCCUGGUAUCUCUCGGCAUGCAUUUAUUUCCACAAUCGAAUCAACAACUCUUUCGUCGACGACGUUUCCUUUGCUGUGAAUGCGAUCUUGAUGUGUCUGCUCCGCGCAGAAGAGAUCAAGGCACAGCUGGAACCUGAUUUCAUGUACCGAGAUUACCCCGUCACCUUCCCAGCUUUUGUUGCAUCCUGCAAUGCCAUUGACCGCUACCCUUGGGCAUGCUGGUGGCUCACAAUUCAAGGCUAUGGUAUUCGGGAUGUCAGGUCUCAGUGGAGGGUUAUCCAGAGGCUUUGGGAGCUCAUUGAUGUGACGCACGAGCCAGGGGAGGUCGAUUUCAGCUGGUUGGAGAUUAUGCAAGGGCCCCACAGACUUCCUUUGUCGGCUGUUUUUGAAACGCUUGGUUUCUAUUAUUGA